AUGCCCCAGCAUCUCAAGUCACCACCGGCCAAUUUUUUCACAGGUACUCUCUUUCAGAUCAGCCGCUCGAUGCCGGGGCUGCAGCUAAUCAAUACCACGCAGACUGGAGCGCUCUUUGGCGCCAGCGUUCGUUUCCUUCAGAUGCACACUGUCGUAUCCGACUUCCUUGGCGAAUCGCCCCGUGCCAGCCCAAGACUCAAGCGCAUGACUCAUUCCUUGCAGGAACAGCUCCUUUUCUUUAUCAGUGCUCCUGGUGCCAGUAACAACAAGGGGGCACUAAUUCGUGGAAGCUACGAUAUUGAAAAAAGCAUCGUGCAAGGCGCAACCACCCCGGGCGACGUGAUCCUUUCUGAUGGCGCAAUGGGGUUUCCCCAGUCCGUGCGCCCACUGCAUGCCGAGUUUUUGAACGCAAAUGGCUUCGGCCUCCGAGUGGCCGCUCUGCGGGCGCGCAGCUUGGAAUGGUUCUCGCAUAUGAUUGAAGUCUACCUCGUGGUCACCAGCACUGACGCCAUGUUUAUCAUUCACCUGCAGCAAACCGUGCAGGACGAAGACGAUUCAGGGCUGGUCAUCUGGCAAUAUGUCGAUCAUCGCCAAUGGGCUUUUGAUAUUGCGACUGUGCACGUGAGCUUUGCGGUGUGGCCUCAGGCCUCAUCCUACCGAAGUGAAAUCUGGUCUCCGAUCGAGGAACUGGUCUCUCUCCUGAUACUAUGCGAUGUGGAUCAGACGACUUGUCAUGGCUACUCGUUUCAAAACGGCACUGCUCGAGCGAUCAAUGAGAUCUCUUCAUCCCAAAUCUACAGCUCAGUGCCGUACUCUGCCUCGGCGCAGAUUUAUAUCUUUCCCCUAUUGACAAACGGAAGUCUCGGCUGGAAUGCGACUACAACAAACAUUGACCCUGCGGAGGACCUGACGAUUGCAAUUUCUCAGAAUCAAACCAGGCACCACAUUGUCGGGACGCUGCCAGGCUUGAAUCAAAUUUUCAUUAUUGACACCCUGCGCUCUUCUGUGGCGUACAGAUCUAUUCGCGGUGCGACAUUCACGCGCGUGAUCAGCACGGGCUCUCAUGUUCUUGCGGAGGCACAAGGUCUGCAGGCCAACGAUUUUUCGGUUCUUGUAGUGGAUCUGUCAGUCGAUUCGUAUCCCGUCUGGCAGGUGCCCGGUUGUAACAUCUUGAGCGUGCGCAAUCAUGACACGAUUGCCUGCCAAUGUGGCCGCCGCAUUGUCGCUUUUGAUUUCAUAUCGCGCAAUUCCCCAGACGUUUGGUUGGCUGACGUCCCCACAGGCUGGAACUUCCACCUUCGCGGCCAUUACUCAAGCACUCAAACGGUGCUGGCAGUUAGCCAUUCACAGUAUAACAUCUCUCGGUUUCACUAUACACUGGCAGACAUGGGCAUUGCUGCUCUUCUGGGUGUGGAAUUGCAGCAGUUUGUCUUGGAUUGCUUGCACCCAUCACGCAACUUUCGCCUUCAGAACGUCUUUCCUGGACUUGCCGAAGUAGCCUUUGCCAUGCCGUGCCGUCUGAAUACGGCAUCUCUACGCGUUGUGACAUUUGGCGACGCCGUUUCAGCGAGUGUGUACAUGGCUUCAUCGCGGAACCACAAUGUCUUGAUUAGCAAGUACACGGGUGAUUUUACCUUGGUUAUUCCAGCCGUCGGCACACACCGCCUGGCUGUGAGCGUUGUCUUUGCGCUGCCUGAGAAGGUCCAAACAGUCGAUAUUUACGUGGAGAUAGUAGGCCUCCAAUGCGAUUGUGACCAGCCAGCAACAUUGAUGCAAAGCCUGCUUGUGGAUCGCACGCUAGUGGAUACAUCGCUCUCCUACUUGGCCAUUAGCGAUGUGGGGCGACCGAUCUGGACUCGCAGCUUGAUUACUGACACCUUUCAUUCCAUCAAGAACUGGCCCACUGCCUUGAAUUGCACCGCUGGCAAGUUGCAGAUAGCACCAAAUGGUGAAAGCCUAGCCCUGGCCGUUUGCAUGCAGGGUAAAUAUGCACUCAGCUGGUACUGGCUUCAGGUCGCGUCUAGCGUGUGGGAGGUCUUUUCAAGUGGACGGCUGCCCAGGUUCACCAUCCUUAGUCCUCGAUUUAUAUAUUCCACCAACCUCUCCUUUGUGCGGAUCCCUUCCGUGAAUGUUGAGAUGCAGACCUUGGUCACAAUGGACCUGGUGAUUGACGCAGGCAACUACGAGAACGGCACCAUCAAGUCCAUCAGUUGGUCAAGUCAUUCUCCGGGUACCAACACAAUGGAAGACCUGCUUCCCACGGCUUUGGGUGCAAACCUGAUGGGAAUAGUCGCAAGGGGGUCACAGACCAGGUUCACGCUGCGGUAUUCUCCCGCAUCCUCACUUUUGAUUGUGGUCGUUCAGCUGUACCACGGCUACUCGCCCGAGCAUGUACACGUUAUAACAACAGCAGACAAACCACAAAUUUGGCUGAUCUUCAUCACGCAGGUCGACCCUUUUGACAGUAGCGUGUCUUAUGCGACUCCCAGAGUCAUUGCCUAUGAGCUUGACAACGUUGACUUUAAAAAUCAGCAGUAUACCCUUUUGCCGCCGGGCUUGGACAUCCUGGCCAGCGCAAGCGCACCGACGGGCGUCUAUGUUCUUGCGCGCACGGCCGCGUGGUCCCACAGUCCUAAUUUGUACCGCAUUUCCAUGUCCAACUUUUCAUUUUCCUUGGUCGAGACCAUCGUGCUUCCCAGCGUUGAGCAAAUCUCCAUGCAAGUCCUCGCCACUUUUAUCCAGAUUCAAAGCGGGGCAUGGUUUACCUCGUUCGUUGUCGAUGACAAUGCUUUGUUGGACCAGUGCACGGGUGCAGCUCGCGAGGCGACCUUGCUGGUGGGGUCUCCAUUGGAGCUGCUGGUGUGUCAGCAAGAUUACGGGCAUGAAUUUCUCCUUCGCCUGCACAGCCUGACGCCGACCUCGCGGAUCGUGGUAGCCAGUCAACCCAGUGUCAACUCCUUCUUGACUGUCGCUCUCAUUUGUCGGCGUAACAACGUGACAACAGAACGCCACGAACUUACACUUGUUGAUACGCACCUUUCCAAUCUUCCACAAUGCAAAGAUACCACGGACGAGCAGGCGCUGUACCUUCGGGCGCCCAUGGUUGUAGGGCAAGUGGUCGUGCGCCAGAUUGAGCGCUGCAAUUAUCCACGCUCUGUUGUGCCUGGCGUGCUCGCGGCUUCUGCGGCUGGACCGCGCGAUCGCCUGGUGCGGACUGCUUCUGGCAUGCAGCUGGUUAGCCUUAACACAUCAGCGGUGGAGCUUGCUGCACAGGCCCUACCGGUCACAUGGAGUCCCACUGACAACGCCACGUGUUUUGUGCAUGCCCAUGGCUUCCUGGUCGAAGUUGUGGCAAACACCGAGGCAUCGAUAACGCUGCACAUUUAUGCGCUCUUCCCGGAACGGGUCUUUCUCAGCCGUGUUGUUGCUUCUAUACGUUGUGUGGCUUGCUUGGUGCGCUUAGACCCCCAAAUGCGCAUCUGGGUUGGCUGCCGUGCACGAGACAGCUUGAGCUAUGUACUUCAUGUUUUCGAAUAUCAAACCCUCUAUUCACGCCUGAGGUGGCUGAGGUUCAUCGACAACCGGGCAGCCAACGACUUUGAGGUGACGGGCAAUGCAACUCUCAUCAGUCGAGCCUGGAACACGUCCUACGACCCCACCAUGUGCUCGACUGCUGCGUGGCUCGCCAACGACUGGUACUCGGAUGUGCUGGAAUCGACCUCUUGUCUGGCAUGGCCGAUGGUGAUGCGGGGUAGUCGGGGUGGCAGCUGGUCCAUCGGGUAUAGUCAAAACAUCGAGCCUUAUUUCGUGGUCCGACAAGAGUUCACGUGGCCAUCACGCUGGCAGCCUGUUGUCAACACCACAAGGUUGCAAUAUCUCGCCGAAAGGGACGACAUCGUGGAUAUGGCCGUGGCUGGCGAAAAGCUGAUGACGUUGUUCAAGGUCAAUGCAACCGACACUUCAGGCGCGACCUGGUACGAUGGUCAGGCCAUGGUGCCAAUGUGCCAGCAAGAACUUCAGACCACCGGUGUCACAGCUUCGAGCCGAGCCUUAUACACCGAAAAGGUGGCCAGUGUGCUCCAUGGAAAUGGUGUCAUGGAAUUCUUGGACACGUCAACUGGAAAUACAGCAGGCCGCCAGCGACCGGCGCCAGCCAACUGUCAUGGCACGGUUGGUCCCGUGCGAUUGCAGAGCACCAAUGCGAGUGUCAAUAUCUGCGCGGGCACCUCGCUUGUUCUCGAAGCCAUAAGCCUCUGUGGCGAUGCCACCUUCAUUUUUUGGGGAACCAACACCCUUGAAGUAGAAGUGUGCCUCUCAACAAUGCCAGAUCGGUGUUCAACAUGGUACCUGACCGCUCAUGAUAAUUUUGUUCCCGUGACACUUCGUUCCUUGAGCGAUGUGACCCUGAUCCUGCGUGCUGGGGAUUGGAUGCACGAACAGGUCACAGUGCAGUCAUUGCUCGACUAUUCGGCAUGUGGCCGGACUGCUGCCUGCUCGCAGUGCAAUCCAGGUUCGCUUUCCCCGCUCUCGAUUCACUUUGAGUGCCAAAACCAUGAUCUGAGCUUGGCCGAUGAUUGUUUGGAGCAGCGCCUGAAUCGUGUGCAAAGCUCGGCCGUUUUCAAUUUCUUGGGCAGCACAACUGCUGUGGCCAUGACGGCGCACCGCUCGGCUCGCUGUAGCAACGACAACCUCGACGAAGCUUCUAAAACUGUCUGCCCACUAUUAACGCCCAAUUUCUUACGACCCGCACUUCUCCUACCUGAUGCCAACUGCACCAUUUUGAGCAAUGUGCUGCAGUUUAGCGGUACCAGCAUUGCGCUUCAGUACACACUGACAUUUGGGUUGGACAGUGGGUCGGGUACGUUGGAGGUUCAGGGCUACGGAAGCAUGAGGGUUGAUUGCAAUCUUGUUGCGUUGCGCGCCACGCGCUUGCAAAUGGCUCUGACACAAUAUUCCGAACUUGAGCAUCUAAUCAGUGUCAACACCACAGCCAUGCGACACCGCAGCUUGAUGACAGCCACUUCAGAGCCGUUUGGCGGCCUGGACGCCCAAGGUUGGGCAGGCAAUGUGGAUGACACGGCGCUGGUGCAGACCGUAUGGACCGCUGCUGAUGCAUGGUCGUUGGUGGCUCAAUUAAAUGCGCCCGCGGACAUGGACAUGGUGGUGCUCGAGUUGAGCUUGCACGGCGACAUUGCACAAGUAUUGAGCUCGCAGGCAACGCAAUUGCGGGUGACAGUGGACGGAGUGAAUGUCAGCUAUACGCUAGUGCUGUCUGAAAGUGGUGUGAACAUGCGAUGUGGUAUCGGUAAAUUGUCAAGGUGUGAGCUGGUGUCAACCUGGAUCAAUCUUAGCAGCUCCUUUUUCAAUAUUGGCUACGCCCUCACGUUCAGCGACAUGAACUCUGAUGUGCUUUACGCAACCGACCCGUUUGGGGUGUCACAAGCUUCUAGUGUUGGCCUGAUGGCCCGAAUUCUCUACUCGGAGCUGGACAACAAGUGGGCCAUUGGUGACUUUCAUGACCCCUUCAGUGCAUUUCCUUAUCCUCAGUUUCGUAACGGCUUGGCCAUCAUGACCCUUGCCUCCCGUUAUCUAGUCAUGGGCGAUGAUCCAUAUAUCAAUAAGUUGGUCUUGACCGUCUUUGAUGAGCAGAGUCAAACAUGGCCUUUCCAGAUUCAGAUAGCACAACCUCAAGUCUCAGUGGAGUAUCGAGCGCCGUAUGCGGUGGUUGAUGAAGCCGUGUUGGCAGUGCUACACACACACACUAGGCUGUGUGCAUAUCGAUUUCCCGAAGAUUUUGAAGUCAAUGCAACCCGUGAUGCGCAGUGUUUGCAGCUUACCAGCUGGGAGGCUGACUGGCUCAGGGUAUAUGGUGACCGCUCAAACAGCCGAGUGGGCUUGGUGGAUGAGCGUACCAACACCACUGUUUUGCUGACUUAUCACGGUCCUCAAAAUUACUCCGUGGCAGUGGUGCUAGCGCCUCGUUCACUGGCAGCCGGCGAGCUCAGGCUGCUUUUGCUGGAAGGGUAUAUUAUGGUGCGACUGGUUCAAAUAUCCACUCGAAAAACUGUCGUGAUGUUGAACGAGACGCAGAGGGUGGGAUACCUCACACGCGUUGCGCUCAGAGAGAAUGCUUUGGCAGUGCGCAUCAACGGUGGCAUCGAGAUUCUGAGCGGGCCGGCCCUCUUGUUGAGUAUCAGCGAAGAAGUGCUACAAGCUGUGCCGGAUGCAAAUUACAUUGUGGAGGUGACAUCUUACUAUGAUGCAGCUUUUAACGGCACUUUGACGGCAGCUCCACCAUCAACGACGACGACAACGACAACAACGACGACAACGACGACAACGACAACAGCAAGCACCACAGGGUUUGUUCCAAGCGGCACAACGUUGCCUCCAUUGGACCAGGCCUCAAGUCGAAGCAACCAGGGAUUUCUCGAUUCGCCCGCAUUUUUGGGAGUGUUGAUCCCGGUGAUCUUCGGGAUUGCGGGCAUGAUUGCUGUUGUGGUUUUGCGGGCCACUCGGACACAGCGGGUGGCCCACACCGGAGCGCAGAUGCCGAUGUCUUCUGCUCCAACAUUGGAGCUGGCGAUUCAGGACUUUCAGAAGCAACUGCAGCAAGCGGCAGCAGCGCACCAAGGGGACUCGGCUUUGCUCGAGCUGAUGCGAACACGAACGCAAGCCUCACUUGCCUCCACCCUCGAUCUUACCUUCCAGCGCGGUUUGGGAGCGGGCAACUUUGGCAGCGUGUACAAAGCUCUGCUCAAGGGUUAUCCAGUGCCAGUGGCUGUCAAGACGUUUGACAAAGUUGCCGGGGGUGAUCUCAAGGCACCGAUGCUUGAGGCAGCGAUGUUGCACGCACUCUCUGUGCAUCCCAGCAUCAUCAAUCUCAUUGCCAUCGUGCAUGAUAUGUCACCCAUCCAACUCGUGCUUGAGUUGGCACAGCAUGGCGAUUUGCGAAGUUGGCUACGGGCGCAGGUCGCAGUCAAUCCCUCCAAACGUCGGCAGGUUUUGACGCAAACGGCUGCGGGUGUUUGCUUUUUGCACGCUUGUGGUGUAUUGCACCGCGAUCUGGCUGCACGCAACGUCUUGGUGAUGGAAGACACGAUGACACAAGUGCAGGUCAAGCUAGCUGACUUUGGUUUGAGUCGUUACGUGGAUGAUGAGGCCAAUUACUAUCGCGCAUCGGCCGAGGAAGAUAUGCCGUUUCGAUGGAUGGCACCGGAAACGUUGCUGCAUCGUCGAUACUCACCUGCCAGCGAUGUAUGGAGCUUGGGCGUUUUGUUUUGGGAGACGAUGGAGGGUGGCGCAACGCCCUACCGCGGCGCAACAUUGCAGCAGAUCAUGGAACAGUUGACUAGCCAACAGCGUCUGGAGCUAAGUCCAGGUCACGAAAGUCUCUUUGAGUUGGACAUGACCAGACUUCUGCGGGACAUGUGGGCCGCACGCCCAGAGGCGCGGGUUAGCGCGCUGGAGGUAUUACAUUUGCUUGAUGGGGGAUCGACAACAAGUCACAGCAUGCCGGCAUUUGCUGAGAUUGAUCCAGACGCUUCGGUGUCCGCCUUGGCUACCAAUCCCGGAUUUGCCAUUGGUACUUCCUUGGAGGAUGAGACGGCUUUGUAGGCAGUGCUCAAGGGCUUGAUAGUUGGUUGAAUGUGAAAUCAUAAUGAAUGGGCAAGAAUAGAAUCCGUUGUUUUUUGACGCGAAAUGAAUUAACAUUCGAUGU